AUGGCAGCAACUUCCUCUUCUAUGGCUUUGGCAAAGUUUUCCAUGUUGGGUUAUGUUGGAGGAGGGAGGAAAGAAGUGGGAAAGAGAAGGGGGUUUUCCAUAUCAGUAGCUCAGCAGCCAGAAGUCCAAGAACCACAAGAGGUGGAGGUGCAGGAAGGGCAAGGGUUGAAAAAGGAGAAAAUAAAGCCAAAAGGAACCACACCAAGGCCAGUGGAAAAACAAGUGAAUGUGCAGAGCAAGAACAUGGGCAGAGAAUAUGGAGGGGAUUGGCUUAGCAGUGUGACGAGGCAUGUGAGGAUCUAUGCAGCUUACAUUGACCCAGAAACCUGUGCUUUUGAUCAGACACAGAUGGAUAAGCUCACCAUUAUCCUGGACCCCACCAAGGAGUUUGUGUGGACUUCUGAGACCUGCAAUAAGGUCUACUCCUACUUCCAAGAGCUUGUUGAUCACUAUGAGGGUGCUCCAUUGACAGAAUAUACUCUGCGUCUGAUUGGUUCGGAUAUAGAGCACUAUAUAAGGAAGCUGCUAUAUGAUGGAGAAAUUAAAUACAACAUGGAUGCAAGAGUCCUCAACUUCAGCAUGGGCAAGCCUCGCAUUAUGUUCAAUAACAAUGAUAUCCAACCUCAGGACGUACAAUGA